UUUUUAAUAUGCGUUUUUUAUUAUACUUUGAAUAACUUAAUCUUAUUGUUUCCAAACCAAACAAUAUAUUAAAUCACUUUUUAUUAUCGAUAUAUUAUUCAUACGCAAGUGAGCCUUCAUUAACGGUCGAAUGAAUUGCUGUAUACAGUAUAUGUUGUACUUUCCAACGAGUGACUAUUCAUUGAAAUUUUUAUUUUUUUUGUGUGUUGUAGCCGAAGAACUUAGUUAAGAUGAAGAAUACAAUAGCUGACUUACCAAAAGGCCCUUUAGACCCUUAUAGAAAAUCUGCAACAUUUGAUUGGAAAUUAUUGAAACUUAAUAUAGAAGGAGAAGAUUUUGUUGAAUUUCAGAAAACAUUGUGGGAUUUUAUGAAAAAGACAUCAGUAUUUCAAAGACAUAACUGUACUACAUUAGAUGAACAACGAAGGCUUUGUAAUGCUCGUGUUCGAGCACUGAGAGAUAAUAAUAUUGCAAGUCCACUAACUCAUGCACAUUGGUUUAAUAUAGUAUUUCAAUAUGAAGCCUCUAUACCAAUAAAAAUGGGUGUGAUGGAUGGUAUGGUACCAAGUACAAUUCUUGCAUUGGGCAAUGAUGAUCAUUUUCAGACUGUAGCAAAAAUUCAAGAGGGAGAAUAUACUUGUUGUUUUGCACUGACUGAGAUAUCCCAUGGAACAAAUGCAAAAGGAAUAAGAACUACAGCUACAUAUGAUGCAAAAUCAAAGGCUUUUAUCUUAAAUACUCCUGAUUUCGAAGCUGCAAAAUGUUGGAUUGGCGGUUUAGGAAAAACUGCAACGCAUGCUAUUGUAUUUGCACAAUUAGUAACGCCAGAUCAACAAAAUCAUGGUCUUCAUACUUUUAUUGUACCCAUCAGAAAUCCAAAUACUCAUAUACCUUACCCAAAUAUAGAUGUUGGUGACAUGGGUGAAAAAAUUGGAUUAAAUGGAGUUGACAAUGGAUUCAUAAUGUUUAACAAUUAUCUUAUUUCUCGAACAUGUUUGUUAAAUAAAACAGCAGAUGUUACUGAAGAUGGGAAUUAUACAGCAUCUGUGAAAGAUAAAAGCAAACGAUUUGGUGCAUCCUUAGGUGCAUUAUCUUCGGGGCGUAUUACCAUUACAUCAAUAUGCGCAAACUUUGCAUCUGUUGCAAUAACCAUUGCUGUGCGAUAUUGUACCGUAAGAAAACAAUUCGGACCAUCGGAAUUAGAAGAAUGGCCGGUUAUAAAAUAUCAAGCGCAGCAAUGGCGAUUGUUUCCUCACUUGGCAGCAACAUAUGCUCUAAAAAUAUUUUCUGCUGAAUUUGUAAAUCAAAUGUGCGAAUUUAAUUUCAAACUUAUAACUGCAAAAAAUCAAGAUAAUAUUGAUAAUGAAGGUAUGGAAAUACAUGCAUUAUCUUCUGCAACAAAACCAGUAUGUUCGUGGACUAGUCGAGAUAUUAUACAGGAUUGUAGAGAGUCUUGCGGAGGACACGGUUAUCUUAAAAUCUCACGUUUGGGCGACUUGAGAGCUGAAAAUGAUGUAACUUGUACAUUUGAAGGCGAAAAUAAUGUAUUAAUUCAACAAGCCAGCAAUUGGUUACUAAAUCAAUGGUCAAACGUACUCAAUGGAAAACCAAUAAAUUCUCCUUUAAGAACAGCAGAUUUCAUGAAAGAUGCCAACAGUAUUUUAAUGCAAACUUUCCCUUAUACAACAGUCGAUGAAACAUUGAAACCAGAAAAUUUAUUUUUAUCCUUUACGUGGUUAUUAUGUUAUUAUUUAAAAAGAACAUAUGAACAGACACAAAACUUGAAACGCAAAGGUUGUGAUGAUUUCGAAAUUAGAAACAAUACUCAAGUAUUCUUUGCACAAACAUUAUCUCUAUUAUAUGGGCAGCAUGUGAUAAUGAAGUACUUCAUAGAAUGUAUUCAAAAUCCUUCAUGGAGAUCAGAAGAACGCAAUGUGCUAAUAAAGUUAUGUUCGCUCUAUGGAGCAGCUAUUUUAGAAAAAAGAUUAGGAGACUUUUAUGCUGGUGGAUAUGCAUCACCCAAGAGUAAUAUGGAUACAUUAUUGCGAAGAGGGAUUAUAAUUUUGUGUAAAGAAUUAGUUCAAGAGGCAGUAGCAUUAGUAGAUGUUUUAGCACCACCAGAUUUUGUAUUAAAUUCUCCAUUAGGAAUGUCAGAUGGUCAAGUAUAUAAACAUAUCAAAGAAGAAAUAUUUAAAGUCAAAGAAAACUUUGAACGACCGUCAUGGUGGAGAGAAAUAGUACGAUCAAAAUUAUGAUAUGUACAUAACAUGUAAUUAAUAUUUUUUGUUAUUAUAUUUUUAAUAUUUUUUAUUAUACGUAUAAAAAUUAUACACCUGGAUAAUAAAAAUUUAUUAUAAAA